CCGGCUCCGCUCGGCUCGGCUUGGCGCGGCGCGGCACAGCGCGGCACAGCGCGGCUCCGCUCGGCUCGACACAGCGCGGCUCGGCGCGGCUCCGCUCGGCUCAACUCGGCUCGGCUCCGGCGGCUCCCGAGCCAUUCAAACAAGUGGCUCCGGCAGCACUUCGGCGCCGGGGCUGGCGAGGGAGAGGGCGCAGCGCGGCUCCCUGCCCCGAAGGCGCCGGGCCCUUCACACUGCCUCUUUCUCCAGCGCUCGCUCUUUAUUUGACGAUGAAAUAAUGUUGACAUGUCUUGAAUUAUUAAGUAUUCCCUGGAUUUUAUUAGCACAUGAUGCCUAAAUGCUGCCUGUAUCUGCUGGGGUCUUAACCAGAGAGGAGCGAAGGAGAGAGGCAGAGACACAGAGCGAGAGAGAGGAGAGAGAGGGGUUUUUGACAGCUGUAUUUGUGCUGAUAAGCGAAGGCACAAGGAGACGAUCGACUAGUGAGACAAGAGGGAAGCGGUGGCUCGGAGCUGCUGAGAGGGGCUGCGCUUCCCUCCCGAGACGGCUCGGCCCUCCCGGCGCCGUGCUGGGGCUUGGGGGGGACCCGAGCCCCCUCCCAGCGCCUGGCCGGGGUCUCGGUCGGUGCCUGUGCCCAGGGGCAGCUCGCUGGCCGGGCACGCCGGCCGCACUGGGCAGAUGCCAAUUGAGAUCGUGUGUAAAAUCAAAUUUGCUGAAGAGGAUGAGAAGCAAAAGGAGAAAGAAGAAGGGGAUAAGGAGAGCCUGAUUGAGGAGCCUGCGCGGCCCCGGUCCCGGGACCUGGCUGCCUUCGCCAGCGCCAGCACACUGCACGGCCUCGGACACAUCUGCCGGUCAGGGCAGCUGGGCGUGCGCCAGACCCUCUGGGCAUUUGCCUUCCUGGCCUCACUCGCCUUCUUCCUCUACCAGGCGGCCAAGUCGGCACUGCUUUACCUGGAGCACCCCCAUGUCAUGACCUUGGACGAGGAGGCCAUCCGCGAGAUGGUCUUCCCCGCCAUCACCAUCUGCAACAUCAACCGCUACCGCCACUCGGCGCUCACCGACGCCGACAUCUUUCACUUGGCCAACAUGACCGGGCUGCCCCCCAAGGACCGGGACGGCCACAAGGCCACGGACCUGCUCUACCCCGACCCCGACAUGGCUGACAUCGUCAACCGCACCGGCCACCAGCUCGACGACAUGCUCAAGAGCUGCAACUUCAGCGGCGAGAACUGCUCCUCCCGUGACUUCGCUGUGGUCUAUACGCGCUACGGCAAGUGCUACACCUUCAACGGGGACCGGAGGAACCCCCGAGUGACCCGCCAGGGCGGCAUGGGCAACGGGCUGGAGAUCAUGCUGGACAUCCAGCAGGAGGAAUACCUGCCCAUCUGGAGAGAGACCAACGAGACAUCAUUCGAAGCUGGCAUCCGGGUCCAGAUCCACAGCCAGGAUGAGCCGCCCUACAUCCAUCAGCUGGGCUUUGGUGUCUCGCCUGGCUUCCAGACCUUCGUGUCCUGCCAGGAGCAGCGGCUCACCUACCUGCCCCAGCCGUGGGGGAACUGCCGGGCCAGCGUGCAGGGGGAGCAGACACUGCCCGGCUACGACACCUACAGCAUCGCCGCCUGCCGCCUGCAGUGCGAGAAGGAGGCCGUGGUGCGCAGCUGCCACUGCCGCAUGGUCCAUAUGCCAGGCAACGAGUCCGUCUGCUCUCCCAAUGUGUACAUCGAGUGUGCUGACCACACGCUGGAUGCGGCGGUGGAGGACAGCCAGGAGCGCUGCAGCUGCCCCACACCGUGCAACCUGACGCGCUACGGCAAGGAGAUCUCCAUGGUGCGCAUCCCCAACAAGGGCUCGGCGCGAUACCUCGCCCGCAAGUACAACAAGAAUGAGACCUACAUCCGGGAGAACUUCCUGGUGCUGGACAUCUUCUUCGAGGCACUGAACUACGAGGCCAUUGAGCAGAAGAAAGCCUACGACCUUGCUGGGCUUCUCGGGGACAUUGGGGGACAGAUGGGCCUGUUCAUUGGUGCCAGCAUCCUCACCAUCCUGGAGAUCCUGGACUAUGUCUAUGAGGUGAUCCGCGACAGGGUGACCCGGCUCUUGCGCCGCUCCAAGCCACCCCUGAAGAAGCCCUCGGGCAGCAUCGCCACACUGGGACUGGAGGAGCUCAAGGACCAGAGUCCCUGCGAGACGCUGGGCCGGCACAUGGAGGGUGCCUACAACGCCGGCAUGCUGCCCAACCACCACCACCGCCACCACUACCCCCACCAGGGCGUCUUCGAGGACUUCGCCUGCUAGGCCAGCUCGGGACUGCGGGCAGCAGGGCCCCAGCGACCCCCUCCCCACCGUCCGCAUGGAGAGGGACUCCAGCACCAGGCACCGUGGGCGCAGGCCCCCGCCUCCCCCUUCCCACCACCUGGACUGGCCCGCGCCGCUCGCCCCUGCCGGCAGUGCUGCCGGCUCCCAGAGCUGCCUAGAGACUGGAGCUGCUUCCAAGCCCCUUCACCCACCCCGUUCGCUUGCCUCCAGCACACAGGGUCGGCCUCGUCUCAAAGCACAUGGAGUGGAGGGGGGAUGCCCCAUGGCCAGGACUGAGCGCUGCACCAGGCCGUGGACUGGUCGGCAGAACCGGACCAGCAAGGGGGCAGGGACAGGGAUGCCAGAGUGGGCUUUGGGGAGCAGUGGGGUGCAGGGUGAGGGGUCCUGGCAAUGCAGAGCAUGCGUGGGGUAAACUGGGUUUCCUAUGAGCCCCUUGAACCCCUUCGCUGCUGACCCCUCCUCAGUGGGGGGCUCUGCCCUGCACCGUCCCCCAGGAGGGAGACGUGCCUGGAACAGCUUUUAGCCUCCACAGGGAACAACAUCUUCCUGCUGCAUGAAGGGCAGCGUUGCGGGGCACCACCUCUGAGCAGCACGGCCCCGCCCCGGGCCAGCCCAGGGCCACUCCACCUGCAGUCACACCUGCAUGGCACUGCCCUGAGACCCCUUUGGCCCCUGGCGCCACCAGCACUGUGACACCCCUCCACAUCUGGCUGUCCUUCACCCGCCUCGUGCAACCUGCCAGGGCAGCAGCCCCCAUCCCAGCGCUGUUCCCAGCCAGACCCCUGCACUGUGACCCCCACACACACUCCAGUGUCAGCCCCGAAUAGUCCCCAGUCCAUUGCUGCACUGCACAUCCCCUGUCCCCCUGCUCUUCUGCCCCAUUCCUCCUGUCCCAGUGCCACCGUGCCCCCCCAGCCCUCUCCAGGCGCUGCUUUCCCAGGCAAUGCUCAAAGCAGUUUGCCCUUGGGUGCAGCCAUCCAGCACAGCCCAGCAGGCGCAGGGGACCGGCCUUUGCUGCCCUGGCUGUCACAGCUCUUUUGCACCAGCGCACAUCCCCCUUGCCACGCUCCUCUCCCGGGUGCUGAGCACCCACUGUGCCUCCCCCAGACCACACACAUUCGGAGGGUGCUCCAUGCCCAGCACAGCCCAGACCGCCACAUCUUGACCUGCCAGGUUGCUCCCGGGCCGGGACUGGCGCACGCAGCCCUCCUGCUGCCCGGGGGACGGCAGGGACCCACAGCACUCCCCUUCCUGUAGGACAUUGCCUUCCCCCCCUCCACUGUAGCAGGCACCAGCGCAGGGCAAACAGCCCCAAAAUAUCUCAGGAGGGGGGGUAGGCUGGCAAAGCCCCCCUCGACACACACACAGGGCAGAGGGGGCACCAUGGCAGGAAUUCGUGACCUCUGGGGGAGGCUGGGGUUUAGGCAGGAGGCCCUGCUGGUUUGGUCCCCAUCCCUAGUGCCCUGGGAUGGAGCACUGGCACAGAGCUGGCCCUGGAGCUGGUGUCUCCCACCCCAGGAGGGAGGGCUGGGGAAGGGUCUCCCAGGCUGGGCGUGGGCACAGCCAUGCCGCACUGGGGCCAAAGCCAUAGAAGCAGGGGCAGCCAGUAUCCUCACCACCCUGACAGCCCCGGGCGCAGGAGGCCUGGGAGAUGCAGGGCAGGGAGCAGAGCACCGGCCCCCCACCCCGCAGGAGCCAGCCCAGUGACGUGCCCAGCAGCCUUGCCUCUGGGUAUGCACCCCCCCAUAUCCCCCCAAAACACGCACACACAUGGGAGCAUGUCCCCUGUUGGUGCAAGCACCUGGCACCGCAGUGCCCACUGUCCCCUGCGCAGGGGUGCUCAGAAACCCCCCGGCCAGGGCAAGCACAGCAGCUGCAUCGGGGAGCCUGGCCCAAGUGUCCUGCGCCUGCUCCCCACGGGAUCGAGGCACUCGUGGCAUGGCCCCACGGUGACCCAGGGCAGCCCCUGCAGCACCCGUGAUGUGCCCCCUCGCCGCUGUCCAGGCGCAGGAAUGAGCGUCCCUGGCACGAUGCCACACGUAGCCUGGGGACGUGGUCAUGCCAGCCAGCGCAUGCCCAGCCUUACACCACAGUCUGCCAGCACAGGCAGGAGGGGUGCUGGGUGCAGGAUGUGGCCCCCUCCACGCCAGCGGGAGCAGCAAGGGCGGGCACAGGCACCGCAGCAGGGCGGCGCAGUGGGAGGGCUGGCGUGAACGCCGGCGCGCUGGUGAAUGUAAGAGAUGUGCGUCACUGUUUUAUAAAUGUACAAAUGCUCCCUAAUAAAGAGGCACAAGUAGGUCCUGA